AUGUCACCUCUUUUGUUUGUGAUUGUUAUGGAAUACUUUAUUAGAUUGAUGAGGAAGAUUAGCAAGCUCAACAGAUUCAAGUUCCACUCUAGAUGCAAGGGCCUGAGUCUCAACCACCUUAUUUUUGCAGAUGAUUUGAUGUUGUUCAGUUAUGGUGAUAAGGAUUCUAUUGAAUUGCUGGCUAGGGGGCUUAAGACCUUUGAAAAAUGCUCUGGUUUGAAGGCUAAUGCUGAGAAGACUUCCAUCUAUUUUGGUAAUGUUCCUGUCACUGCCAGGUCACAGAUCAUUCACUGUAUUGGGUUCACAGUAGGUGAGAUGCCUUUUAAGUAUCUUGGGCUUCCUUUGAAUGCUAAAUACUUGAGAAUUGUUGAUUUUGAUAGUAUUGUAGAUAAAAUGCUUAAUAGGAUCACUUGUUGGUCUAGUAGAAAUCUGUCAUACUCUGCUAGAGUGACACUUAUUAAUUCUGUCCUCAUGAGUACGCAUACUUACUGGGCUCAAUGUGCUCUCCUGCCUGUUGGGGUUGUGAAUAGAAUAACCCAGCUCUGUCGUGCUUUUUUAUGGGGAGGCAAUGUUGUUCUGUCCAAGACCCCUCCAGUUGCUUGGGAUUGGAUUUGCAAGCCUAAGGCUGUUGGAGGCUUAGGCAUCAGGGAUAUUGGGUUAUGGAACAAAGCAGCUCUGGGUAGAUACAUUUGGAAAAUAGCUCUGAAACAGGACAGCCUGUGGGUCAUGUGGGUGCACUCAGUCUACAUUAAAGAGGAUGAUUGGUGGACUUAUACCCCUAAGAAAUCUGCUGGCUGGGCUUGGAAAAAACUUUGUGCUAUUAAGGAGGAUUUAAAGGCUGGUUUCAGUCAGAACUGCUGGCAGAACAGUGUCUACAAAAUCUCAGAAGUUUACAAAUGGUUACAGGGUGAUCUACCUACUGUGAAUUGGGUGAAUUGGGUCUGGAAUCCCUAUAAUCUGCCUAAACACUCCUUUAUCACUUGGAUGGCUAUCCAGAAUAGAUUGAGAAUGAGGAAACAGCUUGCUUCUUUGAAUAUCUGUCAAGAUGCUAGUUGUCUGCUGUGUGGGGAAGCUGAAGAGGAUACUGCUCAUUUGUUUUUUAGUUGCAGUUACAGCAAGGCUUGUAUAUGA